AGUUCAGUUGACACAUUCAAACUCAAAUAAAUCUAAUCUGAGCUAUAGCGUCGCAAUUCAUGAACGAGAACAGAUACAGUUUUCACGUUCGAAUUGGUAAAUGGUGAAAUUGUUAAAUUACAGUGAAUGCACUCAAUAAUUGUGAAAUUCAUUAAACAUAUUAAUAUUACAGCGAAAGCACGCAAAAUGAGUUCAGUUAGUUAUAAAGGCGUUCCGUUCAAAACGGUUUAUCGGAAUUUUAAUGAAUGGGAUCUGGACCACUUGCCAGAAAUCGUUCACAGACGCGACCAUAGUGUUUUGUUUAAAUUGCCGAUAACGACAAGAUCCGUACAACCUCCGAAGCCCUUUAUAGAAAGCGGUGGACCCAAAUGGGAUUCAAAUCAUGUGAAAUUGCCAUGCGCGCCACAAAAUGAAUACAAAACUGAGAGUGCGAGCAAUUCAAGCAAAUCGAUUCAGACCACACGAUGGGAAAUCAUUCAAACGGCUUUGUUGCGCGAAAUUAAUUCUACCAAAGAUUUCGAAAAGGCAGUUCUGACGUACAAUCCGAAAUACGCAAAAGUUUGGAAAUUCAGAGCACUUCAUACUUUAUUUGAAGAGAUGGACGAAAAUGAUGCUGUGAGUUUUUUUAAGCAAACAUUACCCGAAAUCAUUCGAUUGGCAUUACAGCUGCCAGACAUCGUGAAGUGUUCGAUCCCGUUACUGAAGAGAGGUCAAAAUAAAUCAAUUUCUCUAAGUCAAGAACAGAUUGCGUGCCUUUUGGCCAAUGCGUUCUUAUGCACAUUUCCACGCCGCAAUUCUGAGGCACGGAAUUCAGAAUUUAGUUCAUAUCCGACCAUCAAUUUUGCGGAAUUAUUCUCAACGCCUGGCAAUGAAGAGAAAGUUAAAUGUAUAUGCAAUUAUUUUCGACGGGUGGUAUCUAAAAGGCCGACUGGUGUGGUAACAUUUGCACGACGUUUAGUACCUGAAUCGCAGCUACCAGACUGGGAAGAAUGUCAAGUGACCUUUGAUGAUACACUGUUGCAUAUAUCGAGCGCGGGAACGAUUGAGGAUGAUGGCAAUGGUCUGUUGCAAGUUGAUUUUGCAAACAAAUAUAUUGGUGGCGGUGUACUGGAUUAUGGAUGUGUACAGGAAGAGAUACGUUUUAUGAUUAAUCCAGAAUUGUUGUGCAGUCGUCUGUUCACCGAAGUUUUACAAGAUAAUGAAUGUAUGACGAUUGUUGGCUGUGAACAAUUUAACAAAUAUACAGGAUAUGCAUCGACAUUUGAAUGGGCUGGUGACUAUGUGGACAAAACACCGUUGGAUUCAUGUAGACGACGACGAUGUGCUAUUGUAGCCAUUGAUGCUAUUUAUUUCCGUGUCAAACAUGCCCAAUACGAAGAGGACAAGAUACGUAGAGAAUUAAAUAAGGCCUAUGUUGGUUUCAAACAUGAUUUACCUACUGCAGCUCCGGCAAUCGCGACCGGUAACUGGGGAUGCGGUGCAUUCAAAGGGGACAAAAACUUGAAGUCAUUACUUCAACUCAUGGCGUGCUGUGUUACAAAACGGCCAUUGGUCUACUAUACAUUCGGUGAUGAAGAAUUAUGUCAAGAACUUUUUUGGUUUUUCGAACACUUAGUCGAAGAAAAAGUGACCAUUGCUCAGUUAUGGUCAUGCUUAGCACGGUGCUCUGAAAAAUCAUCAUAUACUCAUUUGUACGAAUUUUUGGUUGAUUGUCUUAAAACAAAAAAUGAUCCCAAACCAAGCACUAACGGUCAGUCUUCGAAAUCAGCAAACAGAUCGAAUGUAACACCAGCACCAAAAGCGAUCGCGAAACCAAAACGAAAGCAAAUUGAUUCGCAAGAGACAUCCACACUCGUUGAUGAACUCAUGAAGGACACCGACGCAUCGCUGGAUUGGGAUUUUGGAUCCGACGAUCAGUAUGAUGUAGAAGAGGCAAUGGAGUUGGCGCGAGCGGCGGAAAGAAGUGUUAGUAAAAAAAAACCACAACCGUUGAAAAUCGAAAUAACGAAAAAAUCUCCCGAAAAUGAUGAACUUCCCGCAAAAACGAUUCAACAGUUUUUCACAAAACAAUCAAACAGCAUGGAAAAUCAAGAAAAACGUCCACGAUCGUCAUUGCUCGUUGAUAGUCUUGAUGCCAGUUUUUAUAAGAAAUCGCCACCCAAAAUGCAACGAAAAAAAGAAGACGAAAAAGAAAUUAUUCAGGUAGAUGAUAUCGAUAAGAACGAAACAAAAAAUACAUGCGACAGCGAGACCAGUGAUUCGGAGAGCGAUCUGUUAGUAUUUCACGAUGCCGAAUCGGGAGAUGAUAAAGUGGACACCGACCAAAAUGACAACGCGUCAAAAUCAGACAACGAACUUAAAACAGCGGAAGCAAAUACACCGCUGAAGGUUCGGCAAACUAACAUAGGCGAUUUUUACGCCAAAAGUUCAAACACGUCAUCAUCCAAAGAAGAGUCACAAACGUCUAUAAUAGACCUCGAUUCACAAAGCUCAGCAUCACAGAUGGAAAGCGAAAAUAUGGAAGUGGAUCAAUCUAAUGACGAUGAAUUCGAAAGCGCCAUAAAUUCAGAAACACUUCAAUUGAAAUCAUUACACGUCGCAUCGGAUGCCGAUCAAAUUUCCCAAGACAUUGAUUCAAAAGUUGAAUAAAAUCAACAUUAAGGCUGAUUUUUGUCGAUUUCCAUCGUUUACAUUGAAUUUAAGUUAAAGCAAAGAAGAAAGUCGAUUCAUUAUACUCACCUAUCAUUAUUUUUUCAUUUGGUAUAUACCAUACGCAAUUUAGUUUAGUCUGAAAAACAACAAUUUUUUUUUGUAAAUGGUCGUUUGUUCGUAAUACCAAGAGAAAUAAAAUGUCUUACAUCCGUAAGAUGAACUUUUCCGCACUGUGAUCCACAA